UCUGGGCCAAAGACGAGAUGUAAUCAGCUUUCUGUUGCCAUUCUGGAAUACUUUUUUUUUUUUUUUUUUUAUUCAACAACAACUAAUUGCACUUUCUGCUGUUAACAAUGUACUUCACUAGUCCAGCAUUCCAGUAAAGAGUCCCUGUUUGUUAAUACCAGAAAUCCAGGGUUGUUUCUGGUAAGCAUCAUUAUAUUAAAUUAACAUUAGUUUUAAUUUAACAGUUAAAUUAUAAAAUUAUCAGCAAUGAAAUUAACAAGUAUAUAUCAAUGGUACUUAUUUGUUUAACAAUUUACUAUAUAUUUCAUCUAGCAAUAAUUGAUUUUUGGGUAUUGUUUCCGGAAAUUUUUCAUAUUUUCUCCGUAAACGUACGGGUGAAUUGUUUUUCUAUCAAACAUCUUCCUGGUUUUGAAACAAAUAUUGUCACACCGGCCAUGACUUAAAAAAUAAAAAAAUAAACAGAUGUGAUAUAGCAUAUUCACAGUGAGACGAAUUCGUCCAACAUGCCAGGAAAUGAAAGGUCGGAGAGUAAAUAUCAAUAUUACAAACUGAACUCUCCUUUUGCCUUCGUAAAAAUUGACAUCACAGUAAAAAAUGACUUUCGAACGUGGGGUGUAGUUCUGGCUCAUAUUGGACUUAAAAAAAAUCUACUCCUGGUAAAUCAACACAAGUUUACUACAUUUAUGGAUGAAGGUUCUUCAAUAUCGCCCAGUGCCUGGAAUGAAACAUUUAGAUUUAUCGUCGAAAAAAAAGAAUUGAAAAAAAUGGAUGAACUAAUGUUCGAUAUACGUUUACUAUCAUUUGACAAAACAGAUUUUCAGGCAAGAGACCAGCUGCAAUCUAUCAGCCUAGAGAAAUUAACGGAGCCGGCUGUCGACGUAAAAUUUAGCCAUGCCAAAAUAGAAUUUGAUGUCAUGAGCAACCCGCACACAGAUGUCAAAUUUAGAAAUGUUAACCAGUUAUGUAGUAAAGAGGAAAUGUUUGUUGAAAAAAGGAGGGAACGUGUGUUUCUCAAUUUGAAGAGACAAUUUGGGCUCCACAAAAUUUCAGAGGUGACAGAUACCCCAAACAUUGCAAUCAUUGGAUCUGGUGGUGGUUUGCGUGCUGUAAUCGGAAUGUCAGCCGCCAUGACUGCACUAAAAGAAAGAGGAAUUUUAGAAUCUACAAUGUACACCGCUGGCUUAUCUGGAUCUGCAUGGUAUCUAAUGUCUUUGUAUUCCUGUAUACGGCCAAACGCUACAGAAUUAAAUACCAAACUUCGGGAAACAGUGCCACAGAUCCGUUCAAAUAUGUUUUUGUAUGCAUGGUAUACUUGGAAGUAUUAUACAAGCUGGUUACAUCAAUUUAAAAACAAGAAUAUUACGGUUGCAGAUCCAUUUGGAUACCUUAUUAGUUCUUUCCUUCUUCAAAAGAAUGUCCCUUGGAGUGAACAGGCAAAUAAAUUAAAAAACGGUGCCAUGCCUUUACCGUUGAUAGCUGCUCUGCAUGUUCGUGAAGAGAAAUCAAUUGAAGACUAUCACGAAUGGAUUGAAUUUUCACCAUAUGAGGUAUUCAUCCCGAAAUAUGGCGCAGCUAUUGACAUGGAGAAAUUUGGUGAUACAUUUUAUGGAGGAUUUGCUAUGGAUGAAGGCGAAGAAAAGACAAUUCAUUUUUUAAAUGGAAUGUGUGGAAGUGGGUAUGCAAUUUUAAGAAAUUUUAGACCAGCAGGAAUGUGUGGUAAUGAGAAGGAAAUAGAAGAAAAUAUUAUACAAGCAGAGAAUCCAUGGAACCUGUUCAGAUUAGUUUACAGUUCUGUCAAGGAUAUGGUGCGUCCCAUGUUCAGCGAGUUUGAUAAAAAGUUCGUUGGAAAAGUUCCAAAUUGGUUACGUGGAAUAUCAACGGAUGAACCACUUUUCCCUGGACCAGAAUCAAGUACUGACCUAAUUGACUUUAAAGAAGAUUUUAUGAUGUUAGUUGAUGCUGGUCUUGCAUUUAAUUCACCAUACCCAACGGUACUGCAUCCUUCUAGAAAGGUAGACGUUAUCCUCUCAUUCGAUUUUAGCUACCGUGGUACAGAUAGUGAGUGGCCGUUUCGGCAAUUGGAAAAAGCGGAAGAAUGGGCAAGAAAAAGAUGUAUUCCUUUCCCUAAACUAAAGUUAGAUACGAUAAAGAAAAAAUGUAAAGAUGGAAAUUAUGAAGAGGUGUACGUCUUCAAAGAGGAUGAUUCACCAAUUAUAGUCCAUUUCGUCAUGAUUAACAAAUCGUUUCGAAAAAUUGGUGAUGGCAAACAUGAUUUUGAUAUAAAUUCCAAUUAUCACACAAUGAGAUUAAAUUAUUCCGAAGAAGAAUACAAUAAGUUAAAUUCCUUGGUCCAACACAAUGUUCUGGAAAACGAAAAGAAGAUAGUCGAUUGCAUUUCGGAAGCAAUUCACCGAAAGCAAAAAAAAAAAAAAAAAAACAGACUAUGGAAGGAAUGAAUGUCAAAAAUGGAAAACAAAGACAACAUUUUAGAGUCCUGAAACUGAAUUGAAAAAUAUAUAUCAUAAUGUAAAGAGCACGAUGAUAGAAAUGAGGAUAAUUUUACGUUUUUUUCAUGGAGAAUACUUACGAUUUUAAACUUGGAAAUGGUGCAACUGAAUGUUUAUUGUAGUCCUUUUUGACUCAUCUUAUUUAUUGUCCGAAUAAGAUUGAUAAUUCUGUAAACCCUCUAACUACAAUCUCGCCCCCUUUUCCGGAAUAUGAACUAUCGAAUUAGACUCAUUACCGAGUUUGUACUAACAUGAGCAACACGACGGGUGCCACAUGUGGAGCAGGAUCUGCUGACCCUUCCAGACACCUUCGAUCACCCCCAGUUUUUGGUGGGGUUCAUGUUGCUCAGUCUUUAGUUUUCUAUGUUGGGUUUUGUGUACUUUUCCUUUUUUAGCUAUGGCGUUGUCAGUUUAUUUUCGAUUUAUGAGUUUGAAUGUCCCUUUGGUAUCUUUUGCCCCUCUACUAGCAGGGUUAAUAAACAAUUGAUCAUCCAGGUGUGAUAUUUGAUGUACAAGUGACCUUUGGAUAUGGAAAAUCAAUCAUACAAGAAAUGAAAAUAUAACUUUUCAACAAUUUCUUCAUGUAGUAAACAAACAUAUCAUAACCACAUCACAGCUUAAGGCUUCUUCUGAACAUUUUAAGGUCCCUACUAUGUAUUGGUUACCUAAACUACACAAAAGACCAGUAAAAUAUCUUUUCAUCUCGGCCUCUAGUAAGUGUUCUACAACUAAUCUUACAGUGCUUUUAACUAGUUCCUUAACUACUAUCAAAGAAUUAUCAUUAACUUUUGUAAUAAAAUAUAUGAAAAUAGUGAAAUUAACUGUUUUUGGAGUGUAAAAAUUCUUUAAAUGUUUUAAAUAAAUCACGUGCUUUUGAUGGUCCUUUUGAUUUUGUUGACAGUUUUGACUUUUCAACUCUUUACCCUACACAUCCACACAAUCUUAUCAAACACAAGUUUUACUAUUUAAUUAAAUGGUUGUUUGGUAAAUCUGAAUGCAAAUAUAUUUGCUGCAAUUCAUUUAAAGCCUUCUUCUGUAAUGAAAAAGGUAAAUAUGCUAGAUAUACUUACUGUGGUUUGAUGAGAUGAUUGAAGCUGCAAAUUUUCUCCUUGAUAAUAUUUAUGUACGUUUCGGCAACACAGUUUAUCGAUAGGUUGAGGGUAUUCCAAUGGGCACUUAUUGUGCCCAUUUAAUAGCAGACUUGUUCUAGUACUGUUGUGAAUCACAGUUUAUGACCAAACUCAGUAAAGACCCGUCUAAAUUGCAUUUAAUUGAUAAAUUCAACAACACUUACCGUUAUCUUGAUGAUAUUUUUUCGUUAAAUAAUCAAGAAUUUUCUAAAUAUACUGCCGAAAUUUACCCAAAAGAACUUACUUUAAAUAAAUCAAAUAUAAACGGUAAUAACUGUCCUUUCCUAGAUUUAGAUAUUUCAUUUUUACACGGGAAACUACACACUAAAAGUUACGACAAAAGGGACGAAUUUUCGUUCCCUAUUGUUAAUUUUCUUUUUUUGGAUGGUGAUGUUCCUUUGGCGCCAUCUUACGGUGUUAAUAUAUAUCACAACUCGUUCGCUAUGGCCGUGUCUGUUGUGACGUUUUAGAUUUUAAUGAACGUAAUCUAUGUAUUGGUUAAAUUAUUAAGUCAGGGAUUUCGUUACCACAAAUUACUGAAAACCAUUACUUAAUUCUUCCAUAGAUAUAAAGAUUUGGUUUUGAAGUUUGGUUGUUCCUGUAAAAAAAAAUUUCCAAACGGGAUAAAACACCCUCAUUUUUUCGGAGAUGUUGUUUACCGUGCCCGGAAAUUUAGAAACGAUCCUGGUAAACUUAUCGAUCCUUUAAAUAAACUUAUUCUAAAAGGUCACCGAUUCAACACUGUAAUUAGAUCUUUGAAUAUUUUUUUUAUUGGUAUUAAUAUUGAUUUUGUUAUCAGUAAAUUAAAAGCAAAAUAAAUAUUA